CGAAUUCGCUAUAUUAGACUCAGCUAGGUAUAUUACUGAUCAGCGUAACAUCGUUAUUACACCAACGAACUUCACCUGGCUAUUUUGUGGUCUCUAAUCAUCUGAUCAUGGUAUCUGAUCACUUUGAUCCACUCAAUAUGUCUCUAAUCACAUUUGUAUUAUGAUUAUUAAUUAUCAGGUUUGUGCGUUUACCGCACUGGAAAAUUUCAUCCAAUUAAGAAGCUGAAGACAAUGCAAUGAAGCAGGUUGACAAUGCUCAAACAACCAAUCACCGUAAUAAUGUGGCAAAUUAUCAUUAUUAUAAAUGAGCUAAGAUGAUGAGGUACCACCCUUUCUAGUUCAAUAAAGUAUAAAAGAGAGCGUGAUCCCGUCUUUUCAGAGCGAAGAACCCUUCCCAUCGUUAUAGAUCACUUACACAAUGUCUACUGUUGCAAUUAUUAAAACACCAAUUCGUUUAUUAACAUCAUCAGAUAAAAGACGAAUUCAAUCAUCAAAAGUUAAAUACUAUAAUGUUAAAGAAGUUGGGUUUGAUAAGGCUUUAGAAGGUGUUGAUGUUGUUAUUAACUUAGGUGGUGUUCCAGGUGACCCAAAAGAUGAUAUUCUAUUGAAAUCAAUCAUUUCAAGCAAUAUUAAGUUAUACAUUCCAUCCCAAUAUGGCACUGACUUAUACGUCAGUGAUACUCUACCAAAUUUUUUAGGAACAAAGACGGCUCACAGUAUUGCUGCUAGAGAUGGUGGUGUAAAGACGGUUGACUUGUUCACAAGUGUGUUCAUUAAUGAGGAUGGAUUGUUACCUUAUGCUCCGUUGUAUCUCUUCGGUGAUGUUGAAAAUACCAAAGAGGUUACCAUCCCAGGAAAUGAGAAUACUUUGGUCAAUCCAACAUAUGUCAAGGACAUUGCUAAUGCUAUUGCAGCCUUGGUCACCAAGGAUGAUUAUGCAUCAAUUCCAGAUAAAGUUCGUAUCUAUUCUGACAGAGUUCUUGCAACUGACUUGGUUAAACAUUAUGAAAAGAUCAAAGGGGUCAAAAUUAAUACUAGAUUUGUUUCAACUGCUGAACAGGUCAAAAAAGCUAUAGAGAAAUAUAGUCAUGGCUUUAGAUUGGAAGAUAUUGGAUUUUAUCUAGCCACCAUCUUAUCUGAAGGAGAAGGCAAAGGUUUGAUAUAUGAAAAAGAAAACGAGAAAGAAUUUGUCAAUCCAAAUGAGACCUUAUUCAAAUGGACUAGAUUCCAAAUUUGA